AUGGUCCCCAAUGAGCAACGUGAUGAAGAAUUUGCCAUUUGGUGUGAAGAUUACUUUGGAUUUCAACAGCAUCAACAAAAUCAACAGCAGCAUGAUGUGUCAUCAUCUGUUUUAGGGGCAACAUCAUCAUUACCUCCUUCGGAAAUAUCUUCUCUUUUAAUACUCUCCCAUGAUGAUAAUUACAAUAACGAAACAAUCAUCACCACUAAACAGGAUUCUGAUGUUUUAUCUCCACUUGAAUCUCACAAACCAUUUCAACAUUAUCAUCACGAGAAUGCAUCCUUUACAACACUUCUAACAGCAGAAAACACUUCUCUUUACAAUAUUCCUCCGAAUACUGCCAAUCAUCAUCACCAUGAUACGACAACUACACAAUCCGAUGCAUUGCAUCCAAUGAUUUUCAAACAAGAAUACUUCCGAAAAUUAAGAAUGUUAUUUUCACCUCCGGAAAUGCUGACUCCGUGCGGUGAUAUCGAUGAAUCGUACUUCCAUCCAAAUCCAAGUAAUGUAUUUAAUUUGGAUUGCUUACAGAAACUCAAAUGGCAAAAAUCAUCAGAUGAUGAAUUAUUGAAGAAGGGAAUCCAAGAAUUUGGCAAUGAUUGGACAGCAAUCAUCAUUAAAUAUUUACCCAAUUGGGAUGCUAAGGAGUUAAUGGAAAGAAGUCAACAGCUAUACGUUAAAAAACAUUCUAAGGGAGUUGUGAGCGAGUCCAAAAAGUCUACUACUGGCAAUGUUUCUCAAUUGAAAAGGUCCUCCUCUCGCUCGAAUAGUGCUACCAAUAAUACGAGUAACACUUCCAGAAGAUCGAUCAUGAUGGAUCGAGCUGUUGAAGAAACAGAUGAUGUCUUAGACAAACAAGAUACGAGUUCUGUAGAAAAGAAGAAACGAUCAGUUACCAGUUCGAGAAGAAAUUCAAAGAUUUCUUUUUCCUCGACAUCCUCGACCAGCACGAACUCUUCUUCAAAUAGUGCCAACAUUUCAACCACAAGGCAAAAGAGCUGUAAAACACGAAAGAAAGAAACAAACUGCUCCACAACAGCAUUACAACAAAGCAAGACGAGAAAAUCCAAGAAACCACCAUCGAAAAAGAAAGCUGAUGAUGAAGAUGACGACUAUCAUGAAGAGGAGGAAUCAGAGUUUGAUGAAAAUCAAAGUGAGGACUCUGAUUUCACCGAUUCAGAAGAGCUCAACGAUAAUUAUUCAUUGGUGAAAUCUCGCCCAAAAAGACAUGUACAACGAUGCCACUACCAAGAACCAACUUCAGAUGAAGAGGAAUUACUAUUUUACAUGCAUGAGCAUGAAGAUUAA